AUGGAUCCGAAUGCCGACUUUUCCCUCGACGAGGUAGAGGCUAGAAGCUACGAGAGCCAUGAAGAUCAAUUGUUUCAGACGACAGAAGUUGAAUUUGCGGAAAUCGGAGCUCCACGGUCCGAGGAGUUACCCGACGACGAUGAGGCUCCGGAUCAAGACGGCCGUUCCUCCCAAAAACGACGAGCCUCGGCCGUAGCCGUGGAACCGGUCCUCAAACGCCACAAAGGUCUCUUCAAUAACAAUUAUCUCGAUUUGCUCAACGAGGAUAUCGCGGAAGCUGCGAAUCAAAUUGCUCUGGGUGCAGAAGAGGACUUGCCCCCUUCGCAGCUUGGCCUGACAUUCUGGACGCCAUUCGAGAAAAAGCUGUUUUUCGAGGCAUUGUCUAAGCUGGGGCAAGAUGACAUUUGCGGCAUUGCAGGAAGAAUACGAACCAAAAGUGAAAUCGAGGUUCGCCAGUACCUUGCCCUGCUCCAGGAUGCCGUCGAAAGCAGAGAGCAGGAUGGGAAUCAGGGCCUGGAAUAUUCCAUGGAGAUGGAAAACCACCCCGCCGCCGUCGAAAUCAGUCUACCAUGCUGCCAUGCUCUCGAAGAAGCAGCGGACGCUUUAUCAUUUCGACAAGAACGGCACGAGGAAAUCGUCGAGCAAAGGAGAUGGGGCGAGUGCUGGAACAUCACAACGGAGCUUGCCAGGCGCAUGGAGGGAGGUCGCGGCGCCACGAAAGAACCGAAAUUCGCCAGCCAGCAUGGACUGGGAUUCACAGAGGUCCUACGCGUCAAGAACUUUCUUCAGCUUUCGGAGCGUAUAUUUAUGAACGCAUCAUAUGCCGAGAAUAACUGGCAAUUCGUCAGCGAGGAGCCGCCAACGAUCAGGGCCACCGCUCUCCAAGAUUUCCACUCGCUUCUUGUCUCGGUCACCAAGAAGGUCGUCCUCACAACACUGUUUCUGGCCGAGUCCAGGAUCAGAGCAAAGAGGAAAGUGGCACCUUCGGCUCGGGGCCUGGUGAGACGAAAGGACGUUGAGGCGGCGAUCGCCUCUCUGGGCAUGGAGCACAGCAGGAAUGAUUUUUGGACAAACUGUGCGCGUCGACUUCGCCUGGAAGUCUGGGACGAUGAGUCAGAAUCCCAGGUCGAGUCCACUGACGUCGAUGAGGAGCAACCGUUGUCUUACGAUGAGGUGGAAAAGGUUCUCCGCCAGAAACCCAAUAUGACUGGGCCCGCAGACACGAAUGGAAACCUUUUUACUUCAGGAUCCAUUCCCAGGGAUGCUGAAUCUUCCGAAUCGGAAGAGGAUAACGAUGAAUCGGCCUCAGAACAGUCUGACAGUGAAUCGUCUGUCAUCAUGGACGAAGCCGAGCACGAAGUCAACGAAGAGGCCAAGGAGGUACUGAAAUAUUCUGCCUAUGACUUCCCCGAAACGCACCGCACGAGAGAAGCUCUUAGGCACAGGAUCAGGAACGAGCGAGAACAAGAGGCUUAUGCCGACGCGGAGGAUGCGAGGAUAUCUUGUGAGGCAGAGUUGGAAAUGUGGAGGCUUCUACAAAGACAGCCCCCUGAGCCGCUGGUGAAGCCGGCUCCCAUCGAGCGUGGCCGAAGAGGGAUGAAGGAUGUCGAGGACAUUUACGAUGUCGGUCGACAAUGGAGGCAGAGGUUGCAGUUUCACAGCGAGUGGGAAAUGUACGGAACGUCCGCAGUGUCCGCCAAGAAAUCCUGA